GGGGAAGCUUUGCUCAGCCCCUCAUCUUCUUAUAAGCUAGUAUUAGGUUGUUGCCAUUACGUUACCCGAUUAUGUUACAGCGUUAAAAUGUUUACAGUUAAGUACACUGUCGUUUCUGAAUGUAUCCAAGCUCUGCGGUCGCUGGCCCGGAAUAUUUCCGAGGAAAAUGGGAUACGCUGAGAGUAACAUUAUCAUGGAAUCGAGAAUAGGAAGUGUGUCGUCUGGACUGGGGCGCAGCCCUGGUGUGAGAGGACAGACCUUGAAAAGUAGUCCUUUCUGCCCUCGCUCCUCCAGCAAGCUGACACAAUCCAUCAUUAAAGACCACAUGGUGUCUCAUUACAAAAAGGUUUACUCAGCUAAAGCUGCCAUUGAUGCCUCGGUACCCAAAAGCAUGAUACAUAGUGUAAAGUACAAUGACCAGAUCAGGCAGGAUCGCUUGAGGAAAGGGGGUCGUCCUCAGUCAGCUCAUUCUCUCUCACAGAGGAAUAGCAGAGCCUCCUGCUCCUCAUCCCAGAGUAGAUUAUCUGUACAGUAUGAUGACAGCCCAUACCUCUGCUCGAGGAGUUCACUGGUCUCCAGCCCAAGGUUCAGCACCUCCUUUCAUGCUAAGGAGAUAGUUUACCAGUCACAUAAACCAGACCAUUCUCAUCACAUUCGUCCAGCAUCAGAAAUAAAGUACCAGAGCUCAGAGUCAGCUUUGCACAGAAAGCAGUCAGCGUGUUCACUGGCAGCUUCGGGAGAUCAGAGUUGCUACAAGACUUUCCAGGACCCUGUCCAGAAGACAUACAGCGGAGACUUGCUCCAGAAACACUCACAGCACUUUACCCAAGACAAACCUUUCACCCCUAAGACCCUGAAAUCAGAUAAGAGUUCAUACCUGGCAAAAUAUCGCUACUACAGAGCACCACGAGGGAAACCUACUCAGGACUCCACCAACUCAAAUUUGAUGCGUCAGGAGACAUAUCACGGACGAACAAAAACUAAGGAAUACACGCAGGAGUUUGAUGAGCCAUCUCAGGGAUUUAUUACAGAGCAUGAGUGGUCUGAAGAUGAGUUCAAUGGCACAUAUUCCUCAGCAUCUAGACAACAGAGUCGAGUAAACAAGAGCAGAGACCAUUAUUUCUUUGACUCCUCAUCCAGGGUCUCACCAGAAGGCGGAAAAUCUCCCAUUAUGAAGAAUGUAUCUGCAGAAGAAGAAGAAUUAAUGUACCUCGAAUUUAUUUCUGCUGUAACAGAGGAUAUCUUGUCCAGGGGCCACAUCUCUGGCAGGGUUCUCGAUCGGGUGAUGAAGCGCCAUAUUGACAUGAAUCGGCAUCAGCUUGAUGAGGGUAAAAUGCGCCACCUUCUGGAAGUGCUGCGUAAAGAUUUUGAAGAGCCAACCAACAUAUCCACCUCUAGUACAGAACUUGAAAAAAGGGAGAACGAUGUGCUUGAUUCACUCCUCCCUCAUCUGGAAUCAGGGGGUAAACAAGCAAAGACCAAAGAAGACGAUGACCUGUUCUCCUAUGCGUCACUGAUUAAAUACUGCGAUUCACCAGAGUACGCUGACGCCUUAUCAGUGUCUACACCCAUAUGUUCUCCUGAAAGGAGGGCUUCACCAACAGAAACAAAUGAAAAGGACAAAGAGAGUGACUAUCAGGAAAAGGGCACUGGCUCUCCUUGGCUCAGUGAGCAUGUUAUCGGUAAUACAGUAAUCAGUGAAGAGGACGCCCAACACGAUCAAAUAGGUACAAUUUCAGCAAACAAAGAAGCCAGCAAUGAAAACCAUGACCACACCACUGUAACAAGUGAGGAAGGAUUUCAUCAAGACCAAGCUGAGGUUAUUUAUGACAGGAAAUCUAAAGAGCUUGAAGAUCUGGGAAGAAGUUUGUCAGAGUCACUUCAUGUUUCCAGCAAUACACACAGUCAGAAUGUGGAGACUGUCAACGAGCAACAUACAAAUACAGUUGUUUCUGAGAGUGAUGAUGAGUUUUGAUGUAAUUGGGGGUUGAAAGAGAUUUAAUGUUUUUGUUACCAGAUGAGUGUUGCCCCAGAGAGUGUGUUGUUGUAGUUAUUUUAUUUUUUAGUUAUUUUAUUUUUAGUUAUAUUUAUUUUUAUUUUUUUUACACCUUUUUACAAAAGCACAGUGAAAAUUUCACAUUAGCAACCAGAGUUCUGUGAGUAAACCAGAGACAUGAAUGUGUCAUUUGGGAUGUUGUAAAAUGGGCACAUACUUGAGUCAUAGCUGUUGAUCUACAAUUGAUGACCAAAGUAGAGCAGAUUUUCAAAGGGUAGUUCACUGUACUGCACUGAAAUCAGAUGUGUGGAAUUAGUGGUUUCCUUUAGUUUGAGUGGAUUGCAGAGUAUGUCCAGUCUCAUUCACUAUGUAGCUGCAGUUUUUUUUUUAAUUUCUAGAAUACAGUUUUGUUAAAAAGUUAUAAUUGUUCAGUGUGCUUGACUUGACAUAUGCCUCUGACAUGUAGCUGCUAGGAGUUGACUGUCACAAGAAAGUGACUUUACA